AUGCAAGAUGACACAUUUUACUCAUUGACCGCAAGUCAUGUACCCGGAAAAACAUACAGCUUUGAUCUGCUAAAAGGCAAGGUCGUUCUUAUCGUUAAUGUCGCUUCUUUAUGCGGUUUCACCCCACAGUACAACGAGUUGCAAGCUCUCUACCAGAAGUAUCAGGGCAAAGGACUUGAAAUAUUGGCAUUCCCAUGCAAUCAGUUCGGCAGUCAAGAACCAUACGAUAAUGCUCAUAUACAAAAGUACGUCCAAUCACAUUUUAAUGUCUCUUUUCCAAUUCUAUCCAAAGUGCUUGUGAAUGGUAGAGGAGAAGACCCUAUAUACCGUCAUUUGAAGCUGAAAAAGGCAGGGGCUCUAGGUUUUUGUGGGGUUCGUUGGAACUUCGAAAAGUUUCUUGUCGAUCGCAAUGGCGAUGUUGUCGCCAGGUUUGAUACAGUUACACCUCCAAAAACACUAGAACCAAUGAUUGUUCGACUCCUUGCUGCGUGA